CAAGGCUUAGCUGCUGCCCUGGACUCUCCUCUCUUUCUUCAUCCCUCCAUUCCCUUCUUCGCUUCUCACUGCCAGGUGUCAACAGCUGCACAGCCAGCCUGGGCCUUCAGCGUGGCCCAGUCCAAGAGUCUUGGUUGUUUCAUUACCCACCUCAAGUGGAUUCUGUGACCGGCGGGUGCCCUCGCACAGGGACUUUUCUACCCGGGCAGCGCCGGCCUGUACUCUGGGGGUUCUUCUUAGCUGCUGGGCUGCCAGGCUGAUGCAGAUUCUAUAAGAUGAUCCCUUCACUGCAGGGCAUUUCAGAAGUAACAUCAAUGCACCCCUGAAAAUGCAGCCAGCUCUGGGGAGGGGACAGCAGCCAGGAAGACGGCAGAUGGCUGAACAGAGGUGGGGAGAAAGGCACUUUGAUCCAGGCAGCUGUACCCAACCCCUCCAUUCUCCCAAGGAGGGUGGUGGAGUCCAGUGUCCAGCUGGAGAAGAUUUGAGUGGUGUUGUUUUAUAUUUCAGCUGGAAAGGCAGUCUGGUACCUGGAACUGGCUCCCUCGGCCUUUGAGAGGUGAGGGGCUGGGUCUGUCCUAUCACGCUUCAAACUUCUUGUCUGAAAGGUAGAGAACGGAGGUUCCAGUCCAGGAAUUUCAAACCUGGUGCCUAGCCCCCUAAGCCAUCCCCUGCUGCUGGGAUACUUUUCCUUUUCACUCGGCUGCGAGCUGUACUACCGGGAGUGGAGAGCAGCCCUUUCUUAUGACUCAAAGUACGUUGUGGCACCUUAGAGACUAACCAAUUUAUUUGAGCAUAAGCUACAGCUCACGAAAGCUUAUGCUCAAAUAAAUUGGUUAGUCUCUAAGGUGCCACAAGUCCUCCUUUUCUUUUUGCGAAUACAGACUAACACGGCUGUUACUCUGAAACCUGUCAAAGUAUGCUGUAGCACUGCCAGCCAGCUAAGCAGAAAUGCUAGGCAUUAGAGAAUUAACUGCCCAGCCUUGGGCUGACUCAUGCUGCAAUAACCACAGUACCCAGUAACCAAGGUAGCCGUGAUGCAGGGACACCCCUGAGUGCCCGUCUCCUAAGAGUGGUUUGAAUGCUCUUGCUGGAGCAUGCCUUGUGACCUGACCCCCCAACCCUCCAAUGCAGCCCAGAUGUCACAGGUGAAGUGCUGUGCAGGAGGAAGGGAGAGCUAAGAAGCCAGCCUGUCUUCAUUAUCUGUACAAUUCCUGACAGGAGCGGAGCCAGAAAUCACAGCUUGUAAAAUAAACAGACGCCUACAUCCAAGCUGAUGUUCAGCGAGCGUGGGAAUAUUCUUGAGAAGGAAUUUGCAACCUGAGUCCCAAACUGGGAUUCGUUUGUGAGUCCAGGAUCUCAUGCCCAGGAUCUCACCCUAGUGCCGUGUUCCAGGGCACACGCGGGAUCUGCGGUGAGAUGAGCAGCCCUGGUUAAGGCAGACAUCCUGCCUAUGCCAGGGACAGCCUGAGCCGAACACGAAGUCUUGGCAGGACAUGGCUCGGUGGCGGAGUUGCUCCUAGUUCUCAUUGACAGGUUCUGACCGAUGGCCCUGUGGAUCCAGGCCCAGCAGCUGCAGGGCGAGGCCCUGCGCCAGAUGCAGGCGCUGUACGGCCAGCACUUCCCCAUCGAGGUGCGGCAUUACCUCUCGCAGUGGAUCGAGAGCCAAGCAUGGGACUCCAUCGACCUCGAUAACCCCCAGGAGAACCUCAAAGCCACCCAGCUGCUGGAGGGGCUGAUCCAGGAGCUGCAGAAGAAGGCAGAUCACCAAGUGGGCGAGGACGGGUUCUUGCUGAAGAUCAAGCUGGGGCACUAUGCCACUCAGCUGCAGAACACGUACGACCGGUGCCCCAUGGAGCUGGUGCGCUGCAUCCGCCACAUCCUGUACCAUGAGCAGCGGCUGGUUCGGGAGGCCACGAACAGCACCUCCCCGGCCAGCAGCCUGGCGGACGCCAUGUCCCAGAAGCACCUGCAGAUCAACCAGACCUUCGAGGAGCUGCGCCUCGUCACCCAGGACACGGAGAACGAGCUGAAGAAGCUGCAGCAGACGCAGGAGUAUUUCAUCAUCCAGUACCAGGAGAACAUGCGCCUCCAAGCCCAGUUCUCCCAGCUCUCCCAGCUGGGCCCCCAGGAGCGCAUGUCCCGCGAGACGACGCUGCAGCAGAAGAAGGCGUCGCUGGAGGCCUGGCUGCACCAGGAGGCCCAGACACUACAGCAGUACCGAGUGGAGCUGGCAGAGAAGCACCAGAAAACCCUGCAGCUGCUGCGCAAGCAACAGACGACCAUCCUGGACGACGAGCUGAUCCAGUGGAAGCGGCGGCAGCAGCUGGCGGGGAACGGCGGCCCUCCCGAGGGCACCCUGGACGUGCUGCAGUCCUGGUGUGAGAAGCUGGCCGAGAUCAUCUGGCAGAACCGGCAGCAGAUCCGUCGGGCAGAGCACCUGUGCCAGCAGCUGCCCAUCCCGGGGCCCGUAGAGGAGAUGCUGGCUGAGCUCAAUGGCACCAUCACAGACAUCAUCUCCGCCCUGGUGACCAGCACCUUCAUCAUCGAGAAGCAGCCCCCCCAGGUGCUGAAGACGCAGACCAAGUUCGCGGCCACGGUGCGGCUGCUGGUGGGGGGGAAGCUGAACGUGCACAUGAACCCGCCCCAGGUGAAGGCCACCAUCAUCAGCGAGCAGCAAGCCAAGGCCCUGCUGAAGAACGAAAGCACCCGCAACGAGAGCAGUGGGGAGAUCCUGAACAACUGCUGCGUGAUGGAGUACCACCAGGCCACGGGCACCCUGAGCGCCCACUUCAGGAACAUGUCCCUGAAGCGCAUCAAGCGCUCGGAUCGGCGCGGCGCCGAGUCGGUGACCGAGGAGAAGUUCACCAUCCUCUUCGAGUCGCAGUUCAGCGUCGGCGGCAACGAGCUGGUCUUCCAGGUCAAGACGCUGUCCCUGCCCGUGGUGGUGAUCGUGCACGGGAGCCAGGACAACAACGCCACGGCCACCGUGCUCUGGGAUAACGCCUUCGCCGAGCCGGGCCGGGUGCCGUUCGCCGUGCCCGACAAGGUGCUGUGGCCCCAGCUGUGCGAGGCGCUCAACAUGAAGUUCAAGGCCGAGGUGCAGAGCAGCCGGGGGCUGACGAAGGAGAACUUGCUCUUCCUGGCCCAGAAGCUCUUCAACAGCAGCAGUGGCCAGCUGGAGGAGUACAGCGCCAUGUCCGUCUCCUGGUCCCAGUUCAACAGGGAGAACUUACCUGGCUGGAAUUACACCUUCUGGCAGUGGUUCGACGGGGUCAUGGAGGUGCUGAAGAAGCAUCAGAAGCCUCACUGGAACGACGGGGCCAUCCUGGGCUUCGUCAACAAGCAGCAAGCGCACGACCUGCUGAUCAACAAGCCGGACGGGACCUUUCUGCUGCGGUUCAGCGACUCCGAGAUCGGGGGCAUCACCAUUGCCUGGAAGUUCGACUCGCCCGACCGCAAUCUAUGGAACCUGAAACCCUUCACGACCAGAGACUUCUCCAUCCGCUCGCUGGCCGACCGCCUUGGUGACCUCAGUUACCUCAACUACGUGUUCCCCGACCGGCCCAAGGACGAGGUUUUCUCCAAGUACUACACGCCGGUUCUCUGCAAAGCCGUGGAUGGCUACGUGAAGCCGCAGAUCAAACAGGUGGUGCCAGAGUUUGCCAGCGCCUCCGGGGAUCCCGCCGCCGGAACGGUCACCUACAUGGAUCAGGCACCGUCGCCGGCCGUGUGCUCCCAGCCGCAUUACAACGUCUACCCGCAGAACUCCGACUCCGUCCUGGAUCCCGAGGGCGAGUUCGACCUGGACGAUACAAUGGACGUCGCGCGACACGUGGAGGAGCUUCUCCGGCGGCCCAUGGACACUCAGUGGAUCCCCCACAGCCAGUCGUGACCCUGCGCCAUGGUACAGCCCCGGCCCGGCAGCUGUGUCCCUGGGAGACGAUCCAGGGCGGGAGCCCCAUGGAGAGCAGCCCUGUGUUGGUGUUUCUGUGUGUGGGCCCAUGCGUGGGGGGUGCUCGGCCGGGGGCUUUGCUCUGCGCCAGCUGCAGCGUUGCCGGCUGCAUCUGUGGGGUCCCCAGCUCUGGCAGGGCCCCUCCCCUCGCUCAGCACUCCUCCCCUGCACUGGCAGAGCUGCCUCUCUUGGGGCGUGGGGGACGUGGCCCAGCCCAGCCUCCCCCCGUAGCAGCCACCUUGGUUUCUUUAUCGAGAUCGUCCUGUGCCCCAUCCUCCCCCGACACGCACUGUACCUUAGGGGGGCUGACGUGACCCCAGCGGGCCCCCGCCCCAAAAGCCAGGCAGGGGGCUGAAGAGCAAGAGGCAACCCUGGAGCAGCCCCUGUUGUGGGAGGCUGGGCAGCAGCCUGGGGAGGGACAAGCAGGGGUCUCUGACCCCCUUCCCCCCAUGGGCUCAUCCCUCCCCUCCCCCUGUUGGCCCUUGGGUGAUGCCCCCCUUCCUUGUAGCAGCAGGGGAAGGGGGAUUCCCCUCUCGCCCCAGCCGUUGCUUCUGGCUCUCAACCACUUUUCUCUCGUGACCAACCAGGCAAUAAAACUGAUGGUUUUUUUUAAAGCCAGUUUGUGAAGGGAGGCUCUGCAACAAGCCCAGGCUGCUCCGGCCGGUGCUCUGGGGUAUCCGUCCGUCCUCAGCAGCACAGGGCUGCGGGCCCAGCCGCCUGCAUGGGGAGCUCGCUGUUCUUAGCCAGCCCCCUGCGAGCAGCCUGCUCAGCACCAGCUGUGCUGGAGAGGGGGCUCGGGUGCAUGAGCUCAAGGGGCAGGCGGGGCAGCGCUGGGGUCCCCCUUGCACAGGUGGGCGCUGAGGGACUGGCCCAAGACAAUGCAGGGUGGCUGUGGCAGAGCUGGGCCUGGCCCAUGCCCCAUCCAUCCUUUGCACUGGUCACUGGGCUCCCAGCCAGCCCCCCCCCCCAGCCCCCAGGGAGGGAGUGAAAUCGGGGCCUGCAGGGGCUGGGGAAAGGAGCAGCCCCCCUGCUUCGGGCCAAGCUCUAAAGUGAAGAAACCCAGCUGGGCACUGCUGCAGCUUUGCGGCUCGCCACAAGGUGGCAGCACAACACAGCACCAGGGCCCUGCUCCUGCCCCAGCCCUGCAAGCGGGCACCCAGGGGUGCAGCAGGGACCCUCCCUGGGAGAGCAGCUCCCCUGCAGUGGCGCUAGGCCCUGUCUGCGCAGGGUGCUGCACAAUGCACUAGGCUGGGCCCUGACUCCCAGCUGCUGCUGAGCUGGGGCAUCCACUCCUCCUGUGGCUCCUUUGCCAAGGGGCCAUGGAGCACCUCCCUGCUGCGAUAGCAGCUAAGCACCCUUGUCAAACCUGCAGGGUGCCCUCUUGGAGCACAGGUGAGCCGCCCCCUCCCCGUCCUGCAAAUAGCCCCUUGCCCAUGCUGCUGGCCUGCCAGUAACAGGAUUCUGGGCUCUGCCCUGUACCCCCCGUUCUCUCCCUUGCAGCCAGCACCUCCUUUUAUACAUGGGGGACACUGUCCAGAGGGGGCUUCAUCCACCCCCCUCCCGCACCAAUCCCACCCCCUGUCAGUGCCUCAGUGUAAGAAAAGAACCGGGCCCGAAGCCCCCAGGCCUGUGCUUGGUUCAUGUGACUGCUGCGGACGUGAGCAAGCAGAGGAUAUAAACCGUAAGACAUCUCUGGGGCAGGAGGUGGUGCUGGUGAGCUGCCACGCCCACAGCCAGGCUGUGGCCCCGGCCCCGGAAAGCAGGAGAGGUUCCCUGGUGGACCAUGGAGAUGGAACACGGAGCCAUGGCAGGGCUGGGCAAGGCACCCGCUUGGCUCGAGCCCUGAAUGUAGAAGCCAAAUGCUCUCUGGCCCAGGGGCUGCUCUGCAGUGGGCAGGGAGCUGGCAGCAAGGCCAACAGUGCCCGCAGAAGGGGACAGGCCCAGGGCAACAAAAGCCGAUCUGAAGAGCUUGUGCACAACCCCGGGCACCCCCCUCUUCCUUGGGGAAGGGGAACUGGCCCUGCAGGCUUGACUUCCAGGCCCUGUGGCUCCUACGCUGGUAUUUCAAUAACCUUGUCUAGCCCCCAGCUUCUGAGCUGGAAGGGCUACUCAUGGGACAGCGGGGUUCCGGCCCUGCCCAGCCUGGGGCUCCAACCACAAAGUUCAGUGCAAGAGGCUGGGGCUGGGUCCCUGCCCGGGCUGUUCGUGGCUGGCAAAGCGCCCUGCCUGCUGAGCGUGGCACCCGCAGAAGGUACAAGAGGAACGGGUGGGACCUGCAGCAGCUCAGGCUGGUCUCUGGCUCCCUAGGAACAGCCAGGGGCAGGCUGGGAAUACACAGGUCUUGCUGGCUGCCAGGCAGCAGUCUCCACUCCUCUUUUGUUAUUCAAGGAGCCAGGCCUGUCCAGGAACCGCAGCUUCGGCUGCAGGGGCCAGUUCUGCUAUUUCUAUAGGUGGAGAAGCAGCCACGGGGGGCGGGACAGAGGCAUCAUUUGUCUUGCAGCGUAGCAGCCGUGUUAGUCUCUAUCUGCAAAAAGAACAGGAACUCCUUUCCUAUUUGUCGUGGUGUUUACCAUACAGCUCCCCCACCUUGCUAUAAAGCGGAGAUGAUCUAACCCUGGGCCGCGGGGGCUGCCUUGCAGAUAAAUGCAGCGUAACGACAUUGGAAGACCAAUCCCAGCUCUACAUACAAAAUCAUGGGAUCUAAAUUAGCCAUUACUGCUCACAGCUCUUGGAGUCGUUGUGGAGAGUUCUCUGAAAACAUCCACUCAAUGUGCAGCAGCUGUCAAAAAAGCGAAUAUCAGGAACCAUGAAGAAAGGGAUCGGUAAGACAGAAUAUCAAAAUGCCACUAUAUAAAUCCGGGGUACGCCCACACCUUGACUACUGCGGGCAGGUCUGGUCACCCCAUCUCAAAAAAAGAUACAUUAGACAUUUAAAAGGUACAGAGGAGGGCAACAAAAAUGAUUAAGGGGAUGGAACAGCUUCUAUCUGAGGAGAGAUUGAAAAGACGGACUAGUCAGCUUGGAAAAGAGAGAGCCCCGGGGAGGGGGGGGACGAGCGAGGUCUCUAGAAUGACGACUGGUGUGGAGAAAGUGCUGUUUACCCCGUCACCUACCCCAAGAACCAGGGCUCACGCAAUGAAAUUAAUGGCAGCAGGUUUAAAACAGACAAAGGCAAGUACCUCAGGCAAUGCAGUCAGCGAGGGACCUCUGCCAGGGGACGUUGUGAGGGCCACAACUAUAACUGGGUUCAAAAAAGAACUAGAUACGUUCGUGGAGAACAGGUCCAGGAAUGGCCAUUAGCCAAGACGGUCAGGGACAACCCCGUGCUCUGGGUGUCCCCUACGCCUGUUUGCCAGAAGCUGGGACUGGCUGACAGGAAGGAUCACUCGAUAAAUUACCCUGUUCUGGUCAUUCCCUUAGACGCACCUGGCACGGGGCUUUGCUAGCAGACAGGACACUAGGCUAGAUGGACCAGUGGUCUGACCCAGUCUGGCCUCUCUCAUUGUCCCUGGUUUUUGCAUUUAACCCGACCGAGUCUCAGUGACUGCUUAGAGAUUAAUCCAGCUGGAGCACACAGUCGCUUUAGCACCUUUAUUUAGGAGAAAGUUAAAGCCUGUAAAUACAGCAAUAAAAUAUACAAAAAAUAAAAUCUUUACAGUAUUGAGCGUCACGAGGAGAUGUACAGGCCGGAGGCGGCCGGAUGACGGAGAAGCAGAGAGGCAGGCAGGGAGGUGGUGGUGGAAGGAGGCGGCUAUUGUGUUAAGAAAUAAACCUGGGUCGGCAAACAGCGUUCACCUCAUCCGAACACCUAGGUCUGCACCAGAGGGCCAGGUCGGUGAGCGUGAGCCCACGCAGCGCACUAGUGCAGAGCACUAGCCCCAUGCGAAGGCUGCCCAUGGUGUAGGGCCUGGAGCAGCAGCUCAGAGCGGGCGCUUGCUGCCACCCCGGCCCAGGGCUUCUCCAGGCUUCUGGGUGAAGAAAAGGAAACACCCACCAGCGUUGAUAAGCCUGGGGUUAGACCACACUAACAUGCAGACGGCUCUGGCUCUGCACCCCCGCUCCCCUCGCCCACGCCAAUUCUAUACUGGGAUUCAUUAAGCCUGAGAAAUUCAAAGCAUGGUGCUUGGUUAAGCACAGCACAGAACUGUCUGUGUGUAAUGGCUUCAUACAGUCGCCAACUGUCUGCAGGGCGACCCAGUCUCCACAGAGGAGAUCCACCUUCUCUGACCCACAACACUUUGCUGGCCAUUUGGCACGUUUCCGGCAGACGCUAGGAGAGUAGUUACUUUCCUCCUGCUGCCCUCACCCCGCACAGCUGGUUGGGAGGUGGCUGCUGACUCUCCUAGGCCAUCCAGCCUGCUAG